AGCGCAAACCGAGCAAGGUUUCUAUCCGAGUGCGAAGCAUGCUACGAUGCGAUAGGACGGCCUGCGCGAACGACUAGCAGGACUGUCGUGGUUAGGCGACAACUCUAGCUAGCCAGGAACCAUCAGUCUAAUCGUGACCGUCGAACCGUUUGGAAGGUAAAUAAACCCCCCGAUUGUUUCAUCGAACGAUUAUCUUCGAGCACACUCGAUAAGAGGGUGUGCUAAUCGCCUGGCAUCGUACGAGAUCGGUCAACUGAUUUUUGUAUCUGCUUAUCUAACACCACCACCUGUCGGAGGGAAAAACAUCUCAGCAUGAGUUGUGCUAGUGUUUUGACCAGCAAGGAUUUGCCGGACAUCGAGAGCCUGUUGGCCCUCAACCCGCGCGUCAAGUCCCACGGAUCGCUAGUGCCGACCACCGUGACCAAGGUCAACAAGAAGCACUGGAAGCGGAACACCGACCGGUCCUGUACGAGCUGCACUCCGCUGACCAAUGACUUCUCGGACAUCAAGCACACGACCCUGUCGGAGCGUGCGGCCCUACGCGAAGCGGCCCGCUGCCUCAAGUGCGCCGACGCUCCGUGCCAGAAGUCCUGCCCGACCCAGCUGGACAUCAAGAGCUUUAUCACCAGCAUUGCCAACAAGAACUACUACGGUGCGGCGAAGGCCAUCUUCUCGGACAACCCGCUGGGGCUGACCUGCGGCAUGGUGUGCCCAACUUCGGACCUCUGCGUUGGCGGCUGCAACCUGCAAGCGGCCGAAGAAGGCGCCAUCAAUAUCGGAGGCCUACAGCAGUUCGCCACCGAAGUCUUCAAACGGAUGGGACUGCACCAGAUCGUCCCACCGAACGUGGCUCCCCUCAAGUUCCCGAACAAGAAGGUAGCCCUUCUCGGAGGUGGACCUGCAUCGCUGUCCUGUGCCACGUUCCUGGGUCGUCUCGGCUACAAGGACAUCACCAUCUACGAACGCCGCAGCUACCUUGGAGGCCUCAGCUCUGCCGAAAUCCCCCAAUACCGUCUACCCAUCGAAGUUGUCGACUUCGAAAUCCAACUCGUCAAAGAUCUAGGCGUUAAGAUCGAGACUGGACGUUCCCUAUCAACCAGUGACCUCACUGUUCAAGGUCUCCUCGACUCCGGAAACGACGCCGUGUUCCUUGGAAUCGGACUUCCCCAACCCAAAAUCGAUAAGAUAUUCGAAGGCCUCACCCCAGAGCAAGGCUUCUACACGUCCAAGAACUUCUUACCGCAGGUGUCCGACGGAAGCAAGCCCGGUCUUUGCCCGUGCAAAGCAACAGCUGCCCAAGCCCUGCCCGCUCUUUCCGGUAACGUGAUCGUCCUGGGCGCUGGCGACACCGCUUUCGAUUGCGCCACUUCGGCACUUCGCUGUGGUGCCCGCCGGGUGUUCGUCUGCUUCCGCAGAGGCAACAACAACAUCCGCGCCGUACCGGAAGAGGUCGAGCUGGCUCGCGAGGAACGCUGUGAGUUCAUCCCGUUCAUGGCCCCGAAGGAGGUGAUCAUGAAGGACGGAAAGAUCGCCGCGCUGGAGUUCUUCCGCACCGAACAGGACGACGCAGGCAACUGGAUACAGGACCCGGAUCAAAUCACCCGUUUGAAGGCCAACUACGUCAUCUCCGCUUUCGGGUCCGGAUUGAGUGAUAAAGAUACGAUCGACGCCCUUAGCCCAGUCCCGCUGAACCGCUGGAACCUCCCUGAAGUGAACUCCAAGACACAGCAAACCCCAGUCCAAUCCGUAUUCUGCGGAGGUGAUCUGGCCGGAGCCGCAGAAACCACCGUAGAAUCCGUCAACGAUGGCAAAACUGCCGCCUGGUACAUCCAUUGCUACCUCCAAGGCAUUCCCUUCGAAACCACCCCAAGGCUCCCACUGUUUUACACCGAGAUCGACAAUGUCGACCUUUCGGUAGAGGUCUGCGGCGUAAAGUUUGAGAAUCCCUUCGGAUUGGCCUCGGCUCCUCCAACCACGGCUACCGCUAUGAUCCGCCGCGCUUUCGAGCAAGGUUGGGGCUUUGCCGUCACCAAGACCUUUGCCCUCGACAAGGACAUGGUGACCAACGUCAGUCCACGUAUCGUGCGAGGUGUCACCUCCGGGCACACCUUCGGACCGCAGCAGGGUGCCUUCCUGAACAUCGAGCUGAUUUCAGAAAAGUGCGCCGACUAUUGGCUCACAGGUAUUCAGGAGCUCAAACGUGACUUCCCAACCAAGGUAGUCAUCGCCAGUAUCAUGUGCACGUACAACGAGGAGGACUGGACCGAACUGGCCAAGCGUGCGGAAGCCGCUGGAGCCGAUAUGCUCGAGCUAAACCUCUCAUGCCCCCACGGCAUGGGAGAAUCCGGCAUGGGCUUAGCCUGCGGUCAAGACCCCAAGCUGGUCUACAACAUCUCCCUCUGGGUUCGCGCAGCCGUCAAAAUUCCGUUCUUCGUCAAACUUACGCCGAACAUCACGGACAUCGUGUCGAUCGCACAAGCCGCUCAGCGAGGCAAAGCGGACGGAGUCUCCGCCAUCAACACCGUACAGGGAUUGAUGUCCCUCAAGGCGGACACUACUCCAUGGCCGGCGGUGGGCGUUGAAAAGCGCACCACCUACGGAGGUGUCUCCGGAAACGCAACUCGUCCACAAGCCCUUCGAGCUAUCUCUCUGAUCGGCAACAAAAUGCCCGGAUUCCCAAUCUGCGGCAUCGGUGGCAUUGACUCGGCUGACGUUGCCCUGCAGUUCAUUCAAUGUGGCGCUCCCAUCCUGCAAAUCUGCUCCUCGAUCCAGAACCAGGACUUCACCGUCGUUGAAGACUACAUCCUUGGCCUGAAGGCUCUGCUGUACCUGAAGUCGAACCCUCCACCGGAGAGCCUAGCGUGGGACGGUCAGUCGCCUCCACUGCAGAAGCUCCAAAAGGGUAAGCCCGUUGCACCCUUGAAGGACGACGACGGUAAGCCACUGUUACACUUUGGCGAGUAUAAGAAGAAGCGCGAGGAGAAGCUGGCUCAGAUGCGGCUGGAGAAGGGCCCGAUGUGGGAUCCAUGUGCCGAAGAAGUUGAAGCCGUUACGAACGGAGACGUUGCAAAGCAGUCGAAUCCUGCGCCAAAGAUCAAGGACGUUUUGGGAGCCGCUCUGCCGAAGGUCGGCUCGUACAAGAGCUUGGACAACAAAAAGCAGGUUGUGGCGCUGAUCGAUGAUGACCUCUGCAUCAACUGUGGCAAGUGCUACAUGACCUGUGCUGACUCUGGCUACCAGGCAAUCCAAUUCGACUCGGUGACGCAUCUGCCGCACGUGACGGACGAUUGCACUGGAUGUAAUCUGUGCCUCUCCGUUUGUCCCAUCAUCGAUUGUAUUAGCAUGGUUCCGAAGAAAAUCCCCCACGUGAUUAAACGAGGACAUAUCAACAAAAACGUGUCGGUGCAUGCUCUAUCGCCGUCGCAGUGACCGCAACAGCCGGGAGUGAUUCUCAAGCAAUAGUUUCAAUCGAGAUUUCAACAUUCCCCUUGGAUAAAACAAAGCUUAUUAUUUGCAGUACACUUACGGGUCAAAGUUUUUCAGUUCAAAAAUUGUAUAUUCAAUAAAUAAAUAUCUUGCAUUUAUGUCA